UGUUUAGCGAACCGUUCGCGGAACAUUAAGAAAACUUUCCAAAAUUACGAUGAGGGAACAGCGAACGUUCCCAUUGUGUGUACUGGGAAUCUUCGGCUUCACAUGACAAUGCGGAAGAGCCGCUCAUGUUAGUUUAAAUGACAUGGGAAAUAUGACAACUUUUCAAAGAUAGCGACAAUGCUAUGACAAUAUGAAGGACACAGCUUUUAGAGUGGAUCUUCUAUUCAAUGUAAAGCAUGCGGUGCGUUGCACUGCCGAAUGAGUGUAUUUUUCAGGUGCUUUGACCGAUUUUAAUCUUUUCAAACAAUAGAAAAUCAUUGGUUUGUACCACUGGCCGUCAACACAUCAUGACAGAACAGGGAAGAUGGCGUGUUGUGGAAAUUGUUUUUGUUGCCAAUGUUGCUGCAGAGAAGGAGAGACGCUGACACCCGAAGAACUGACAAUCCUUGGGGAAAUUCGAGAUGAAGGAGAUGAGAUUCUACCCAGGAAAGACUAUGAGAGCUUGGAUUAUGACCGCUGCAUCAAUGAGCCGCAUGUGGAGGUUCUUGAGGGAAUGGGAAACAAGAAAGCCAAAAAGUAUGAAGCAGUGCGGUGGAUGAUGAUGUUUGUUAUUGGUGUCACAGUGGGUCUGGUGGGCCUGUUCGUAGAUUUCUUUGUACACCUCUUCACAAAACUCAAAUUUACGCUGGUCAGUGAUUCUGUAAAGAAGUGCAGUGACAAUGGCUGUCUCCCUCUUUCUCUGCUGGAGCUCCUUUCAUUCAAUAUGACCUUCAUUUUUAUUGCCAGUGUGCUCAUGCUCAUUGAGCCAGUAGCUGCAGGUUCAGGGAUCCCUGAAAUCAAAAGUUACUUGAAUGGAGUGAAAAUUCCUGGAAUUGUCCGACUACGAACUUUUCUUUGCAAGGCUGCUGGUGUCUUGUUCAGUGUGGCUGGAGGUCUGUUUGUGGGGAAAGAAGGACCAAUGAUACACUGUGGAGCCGUAGUGGGAGCUGGCCUUCCUCAGUUUCAGAGCAUCACUUUCAGAAGGAUCAAAUUUGAUUUUCCCUUCUUCCGCAGUGACAGGGACAAGCGAGACUUUGUGUCAGCGGGUGCUGCAGCUGGAGUAGCUGCUGCCUUUGGUGCCCCCAUUGGUGGCACACUCUUCAGUUUGGAGGAAGGCUCCUCUUUCUGGAACCAGGCCCUUACUUGGAAAGUGCUCUUCUGUUCCAUGUCAGCUGCUUUCACCCUCAACUUCUUCCGUUCCGGGAUCAGUUUUAACAAGUGGGGCUCUUUUCAGCUGCCUGGCCUGCUCAAUUUUGGAGAGUUCAAGUGUCCAGAUGGAGAUAAGAACUGCCACCUGUGGACAGCAGUGGACCUGGCCUUUUUUGUUAUGAUGGGGGUGGUGGGUGGCCUGCUGGGAGCACUGUUCAAUUGCCUGAACAAGAGUCUGGCUAAGUACCGCAUCAGACACGUCCACCCGAAGGCCAAGUUUAUCAGAGUUCUAGAGAGUCUGCUGGUUGCAAUGGUGACAACUGUCGUAAUAUUCAUGGCUUCCAUGUUGUUGGGUGAAUGUCGUGAACUGUCCUCCCCAACAAUCCAUAACAUCACGCUGUCUAGCAGUGAUGGAAUCAACUCAACUAUCCGUCAGUUCUUCUGCACCAACAAGACAUACAAUGACAUGGCCACGUUGUUGUUCAACCCACAGGAGGUUGCCAUCCAUCAGCUCUUCCACCAGGAUGGUACCUUCAGCCCUGUAACACUGUCAGUUUUCUUCCUGCUGUACUUCCUGUUGGCCUGUUGGACCUACGGUGUGUUUGUGCCCAGCGGUCUCUUUGUUCCCUCACUGCUCUGUGGGGCAGCUUUUGGACGUCUGGUUGCCAACAUCCUCAAAGUUGAACUGGGAAUGGACAUCUACAGCGGCACCUUUGCCCUCAUUGGAGCUGCUGCCUUCCUUGGAGGCGUGGUCAGAAUGACCAUCAGUCUGACUGUCAUUCUCAUUGAAUCCACCAAUGAAAUCACAUAUGGGCUGCCCAUCAUGAUCACAUUAAUGGUUGCCAAGUGGACAGGAGAUUUCUUCAACCAGGGUAUUUAUGAUAUCCAUAUCCAGCUGAAAGGAGUGCCACUCUUAGAAUGGGAGACUGAGAUUGAAAUGGACAAGCUGACAGCCAGUGAUAUUAUGGAACCCAACUUGACCUAUGUCUACCCCCACACCCGGGUCCAGUCUUUAGUCAGCAUCCUACGCACCACUGUGUACCACGCCUUUCCUGUGGUCACUGAAAACCGGCAGAAUGAACGGGACUUCAUGAAAGGAAACAUCCUGGUCAGCAACAACAUCCGCUUCAAGAAAUCCAGUGUGAUGUCCCGUGCGGGGGAACAGAGGCGGCGCUGCCAGUCCAUGAAGUCAUACCCAUCAAGUGAACUAAGGAAUGUUUGUGAUGAGCAGAAUGCUGUGGUAGAGCCAGCAGAGGAGAGAGAAGACCUGCUGCAGCAGAUGUUAGAGAGAAGGUAUGCACCCUAUCCCAACCUGUACCCAGAUCAGUCUCCCAGUGAGGAGUGGACCAUGGAGGAACGUUUCAGACCACUCACUUUCCAUGGAAUCAUCUUGCGCUCCCAGCUUGUCAACCUGCUCAUCAGAGGGGUGUGCUAUGCUGAGAAUCAGUCGAGUGCCACUCAACCCAGGCUGUCCUAUGCAGAGAUGACUGAAGAUUAUCCCCGGUACCCUGACAUCCAUGACUUGGACCUUGCCCUGCUUAAUCCUCGUAUGAUAGUGGAUGUCACCCCUUACAUGAACCCAUGCCCAUACACAGUGUCACCCAAUACUCGCACCUCCCAAGUAUUUCAGCUGUUCAGGACUAUGGGCCUGCGACACUUACCUGUCGUCAAUGCAGUCGGAGAAAUUGUUGGAAUAAUUACCAGACAUAAUUUAACCCAUGAGUUCCUUGUGGCGAAGCUGCAACAGCACUACAUCACCAUCUGAUUCCACUGUGGACGUCCUGCAAUCCUUCCAACCCAGACUCCAUUCAGCCUGGUCCUGAGUCUUUGUCUCCUGUCUAUUCCUAUUAGCAUGUAGACAUUUCCAAACCUGUACAGGACAUUCACAAAUAUAAACACAUUCUCUGUGGUACAGUAGGAAGGCAGUUCUUAAGCAAGUGAAACCGCUGAGAUGUAUUUUGCUCAAGUUUAAACAUGUUACAUUUUAUCAGCUUUCCUUCAGCUUCAGAUCCAUGGGACUGGAUACAUACUGUAGGUGUAAUAAGGACCUGUGUUAUAGGGCUAUAAUGGUGACAUUAACAUUUGGCAUUGACAAGUGACUAUUGACAACACCUAAAAACAUUGACAGUUGAAGCUAGAGAAAAACACCUUAUGGACACAGGUCCUGAUAGAGCCUUACAGGACUUUACCAUGUUGAUCUGUAUAGAAGAAGUUUAAAAAGUCACCCAUGUCCUCCAGAUGAUCCAUAAUGUUCGCUGAUAACUAUAUAGUUGUUGCGCGGUGGGAGAAACAGUGAGGGGAAACUGAACAAGACAUCCUUACUAGCAGUAGCAUUCUUAAGGUAAGAUGAGAGCAUGUUAGUUUGCUUAAAAAAAAUUGUCUGACAAAAUUAAAACUGCGCACAGUUUGAAGCAUAGUAAAAUAUCACUAGGAAAGGUUAUCUUACUACCUUCAUUACAGAAAUUUUCAUUCACACAUUUAGUGGUACUUUCUUAUUGGUAUCAUUCUGGUCCGUACAUUUUUUGUGUGAAAUAACUGGAAUAUAUGCACUAAAGCAGGCAAAAUCCCCUCUCAACCUGCGACUAAACUAGAUCUCAGUAGCUCUUGGAGGAGUUUUUUUGGUGACCGUGUUAAUUCAUUCCAAACUGGACAUACAAUAACAUUUCUUAAUACUUCAGCAGUCUCUUAAUUACAUUACAUUAGCAUUGUUUUGCACCUGUAACAUUAUCGCUGUCUUUCAGUCAGUUCGGGGUUAGAAUGUAUCAGCGCUAAGAGGACUGUAUGAUUGACUGUCAGAUGAUGUUAACAAGAGUUAUUUCAUAUGUUAGCAAAAUGAAAGGACUGGAUGUUUGCAGUUUUGUUGAAGCUAAUGUCUAAAAUAUCCAUGUUAGUCCUCCGCUAUUAGUUUUUUUUUUUAAAGCAUAGUAUGUUUCUGGUUCAUUGUCCUGGUACAUUGUCAUUCCUAAAAGGACUAGGUUGAUCAAUUAGUAACAACCAUAAUGACACAUACAUUAUAUGUGCAUCAAACAUUUCUUACUUGUUCUUUGUCUGUGCUUUAUAUUUUAUUUAAGUAUUUUUUUUAAAAUAUGAACAGAAUUUCUAAAUGCAGUGAGACUUUUCGGGAUAAUGUUGUAAAUAGUCUAGACAUUAGUCACUUGUUUUCAAAUGAUUAUUUUUGUGUUAUCCAUGGUAUGGCGUGGUAGGUGAUGUACAGAAUAUAUGAUUUAGAGAAACAGUGGCUAGCACAUAUCCUGCUGUAAAUCCAAACCUGAGGGACUGUUUGCUAAUUACUUGCUGUUUUUUAUGACAUAACUGGACAUUUAGAUUAUACCCUCAUAUUUUUAUUUGUUUCAAGAAGCUAAAAUGAUUUAUGGCUGAUAAAUUGACAUCGUGAUGAACAGAAAAAUAAUUGGCAAAUACUCUGACAUUCGAUUAACUGAUUAAAUUGAGAAAAUAAUCAGGCUAUAAUGACAAUACUGUUUGGUGCAGUGCAAGUGUUUACACUGGAAAAAUAACAAACUGAAGUAUAAUGGUAUUGCACAAUAAGCAUAUUAAACACAGCUGAUAUAUAUGUUUAUAGACAGUAUUUAUCACUAAUAUGAUGCACAAAGGAAAGACAUUUCAUUAAAGAUUGAGAAGUGUGUUGACUUUUUAGUCGUGACUGGCGGCGAUGUCAGCUGGUCGGUCUGACUAAAAUAUCGCAAGAAGUAUUGGAUAGAUUGUCAUGAUUCAGACAUUCAUGAUCCCCUCAGGAUGAGUUGUAAUAACUUUGACACUCUUCUCGUUGAUUGCCAUCGUCAGGUUAACAUUUUAAUUUGUCCAGUACUUUGGUUUAUGACCCACUACUUGCAACUACAGCUAUCAGUGAUGACACGAAAUGAUGAUGCUUUGUAAGUGUCUAAAAUGUGAACUUACUUCCCGCUGCUCACUGUUGAGCAAAUGAGUGAAUGACAGAGGCUUCAGACACAAAUACAGAAUGGGAAUCAUAGUUAUAGACUCUUAGUCUUUUUUUUGUUGUAUUCUUGAUUACUAUGUUGUAUGUACUGUAUAAAUUGGAUUUAGGGCACAACAAAGAUUAAUUUGCUGAUGUCUAGCAGGAAACAUUAAAACAUGUUCACCAUAUCUCUUAA